AUGGACCUGAAAAAUCUCUCCAGCAAUUGGAAGAAGCUCCAGGAGACGCUGAAAAAGGACUCCGUCUCGUCCCCCGCCAAGCGCAAGACAUUGGACCGCGACGUCCAAUAUGGUAUGGUGAAAAAGCAGAAAACCGAAGCAGUAGAUGGGAAAAAGAAGUUUGAAGCGACUCGCAUAUCAAAACGGAGGAAAAGAAUGGCCCACGGGGAUGAAAAUGGUGUGCAAGAGACCGGCGUAAAAUCCGUGUCGCGGACAGAUUCCACUGCUGCGGACUCGAAGAUUGCUAAAGUUAAUGAAGGCCGUUCACCGACCGCCGAAAUAGGGAAAUAUGUCGCGAUGGACUGCGAAAUGGUGGGAGUUGGCCCCAAUCCUGACAAUGACUCCGCUCUGGCCCGCGUCAGUAUUGUCAACUACAACGGCGACCAGGUCUACGACUCCUACGUACGGCCGAAGGAGAUGGUCACGGAUUGGCGCACACAUGUAAGCGGUAUCGCUCCGAAACAUAUGGCAGAAGCCCGUUCCCUCGAGCAGGUUCAGAAAGAGGUUGCAAGCAUCCUGGAUGGACGAAUACUUGUGGGACAUGCAGUGAGCAAUGAUUUCUACGCCCUGCUUCUGAGCCACCCCAAGCGUGACGUCAGAGACACAAGCAAGCAUCCCCCAUAUCGGAAGGUCGCUGGAGGAGGUUCACCGCGCUUGAAGAUGUUGGCCUCGGAGUUUCUGGGUCUAGAUAUCCAAGCAGGUGCACAUUCUAGUGUGGAGGAUGCCAGGGCUACGAUGCUUUUGUAUCGACGGGACAAAGAUGAAUUUGAGCGGGAGCAUUUGAAGAAGUGGCCGGUGCGGGUUGUGGCAGAGAAAGGGGAUGGGGAGGAUAAGAAGAAGAAGAAGAAGAAGAAGAAGACGCGUAAGAGGUGA